AUUCGAAAACAACGUACCGACGCCACCCCCCACAACCAACUGUCAUUCACAUUCUUCGGCGAAGGCGUCACGUAGCAAGUGAAACACGCCGACUAGCCGCCGCGGCGGCUACUUGUGUAGCAUCGGGCAACCCUUCGUGCAUGCGAGCGUUUGACAGCCUUCGCUUUCGCUCGUUCGUUCGUUCUUCGUCUUCGAUCAUGUCGUCGUCGUCGUCGCGUGUGCGUGUGUGAACUAAAAAGAAGGAAAACUUUGUUCGGAAAAUUUGGCCUACCAGCGGUGGAAAAACGAAGAAAAUUCGAUCGCCGUCGGUGGUUUACGGUGUGGAAAAACUUUUCCCACAGUUGGAAUUAGCGGAGGAGCGCCGGAAUUGUCGGAACGAGGGCGCGUUUGUUUCCAGCGCACACCGCCGCCGAAGGUGCCCUCGCCUCAGCAGCAGAAAAGGGAAGAUUUUCGAAUUCGCGUGUGGCCGCAGCAGCAGAAAAUAUCGAUAAAGUGUGUGUAUUUUGGAAGUGAGUGUGGGAAAUUAUCACUUUUGAGGGUGAAGAAAAUGUCGAUGGUGAAAAAGUGGUAGCGUAAAGCACGCAAAGUGAAUCCCCUCUGGUGUGUGGAUAUAAGGAAGAAAGGCGACAUUUCCAAGUCUCCCGAUAUGUUUCAAGCGCAUUCACGAAUCACCAGGAGUAACGAGGCAAGUCCGUCAUCAUCGCCAAUGGCAGCGGCAGCAGCAGCAAGUGGAGCAGCGCUCAAUACCAGCACUGACAGCAAUUUAGACGAUGACCCCAACAGUUCAAUAAUGAACAAAGUCCGAUCCCGCGUAUCGAGCAUCCUUCCGGACGCGCUGUCCAAAUGGUUUUCCCCGGCAAAAAGACCGAGAGAUACCGGUAGCGGCAGCAACGAGCCAAACAACAGCGGAGGUUCGGGAUCGCCGGCCGGCCGGAACGGAAACCUACUGAGAAGGGAAAACCGACUGCGACAGUUUGGCUUCGGUGAAUCGGAGCUGGCAGAUGCCGAACGGCAGCAGCAACAAAGGAAUCAGUACGAUCCCGAGGAAGAUGAUGGGGAGGAAGAAGAGGACGAGGAUCAUGCUCCUCCGAUUAGGAAAAAGAAGCGAAUGGAGGAGGGAUUUAAUGCCACCGAGGUCGACUUCAACGAGGAUCUGAGUGCGGUACCCGGUCCCAGUGGUCUCAACAUCUCUGCCAUCGAUCGUCGCAGUUCGCUUCCAGCUGCAGCGUCAGGCAUUCACCUUCCCCAAUACUACCGGAAUGCAUUCUCCUCGUCGACGCCUUCCACAUCGCCACAGCAGCAGCACCAGCAAGCGCUAAAUCGUCCCCUACAACGUACCAGUUUGAUUGGUCACACGAAUCGAGUCACGGCACCGUAUAAUUUCGGUGUUUCCGGUGGGCUGCCGAUUGCGGAGGAGCAGGAAGCCAACGAAAGCCUAUCGGUAUCGAUCCGACAGCGCAAGGGUAUCCGGGAGAUUAGCAGUCGGAAACGUCUGAACAUUCCACCGAUGCCGGUGGAUCGUUCAACGUCGGAACCUCCGGCACCGAUCUUCGGUCGGAGGUUCCCACUGCAGAUGCAACAGCAGCAGCUACAGGAGGAAGGAAGCUCCGAGGAGUUACGGGAAGAGGGCAAUUUGCUGUCAAAUGGCAAUUUGAACGAAAGCGCGUCGGAGAGCAGUAGCGUGUCCAAUCUGAAUCUGAGUCAGACGGAGGGACACCCGGAUACCGGUAGACGGUUAUCCGGAUUUAUGGGAAACAGUCGGAGCAAGCGGUCCAGGGUCGGAGGUUCCACUGGCGAUCUUUGCUUUUCGUCGCAUUUGGAAACAGAAAAGAGUCUGUUUGCGUUGAAGAACUCCGGUCAAUCCGGACGGCCAGCGUUCAAUGCGUCGCUUUAUGGAAGCACUACGUCGCUGGGCAGCAGUAACAGUAGUUUGUUUGCCAAUUCUCCGUUUUACAAUGGAAGGACAAUGUACGGUGGGGCUUCUGCGUAUAGUAGUCGUCGCGAUGCUCGGCAAAAGGCUCUGAGAGUUCCGGUUCAGAUUAGGCCAUCAUCGUCCCUGUCAAAUUUCUCAUCUUCCAACACCAGUCUGGCGUCGGACACUUCGGCACUCUCGAACACGGCCAAACGGAUCUUGGAGAUUCUAAACCAACGUUCCGGCCCGUUGACGGAAGCUCGAAAGCUGGGAAGCAGCUUGAGUUUGAAUAGUACGCUGAGUUCCUCGAAGGUACCCGGUCUUGUCCAGGCCCGGAAGCGUUUCAAUGAGGAAGAUCUCAGCAUGAACCGCAGCAUCCGAAUGUCUAGUCCUCGAACACCUUACAGUCGUCCAAUGAGUGCCACCGGAAGUUCCAGCUCCUCCAUCAACAAGCCACUCAGCACCGAGCUGCAAAUCCCAACCAUGUCUCAGUUGCUACAGAUGAAGCGUCUCCAAACUAAUACCGAGUCCGCCCGGCGGAUGGCCACUGAAUCCAGCGGCAGCACGAUUCUGAACGAACCGACACAAUACAAACUGCCCAGUGCCGAGUCGGACGACACCAACAACAACGUCAAACACACCAGCAAGAUGCGCAACAAGUUGCACCGGAUCCGGGAAGAAUCGCACACCGAACGGGGAAGCAACGCUCCCGUGCCACAAGUCAAUCUGCCGGAAGUGCAACUGGCAGGGCUGAAAUCAGUUCCUAAAUUCGACAUCCAAUUGCCCGUUUCCAAGGCAGUAGAAACCGGUGACAAACCGAAAACGGUUGCGCCCAAAGCUACCAACAACAAUAACAACAACGUGUAUAAAUUCUCAUCGCCAACUAAACUGGACGUGGCCGGCGCUGGAUCCAGCACAGCUUCCAAAUCUCGAAACAGCUUUAAAUUCAGUGAUCCGGAACCGCUGAAAGAUGGCAAAAGCAACAGCAGCAGCAGUAGUAGUACCACGGCACCGCCUUCACUCAAACUUGGGGGAUUCCAAUUCAACCCGGAAUUGGCCAAACCGAAAGCCGCGGUCCCCGCAAGCCGGUCGAGUCCCGUUAAAGCACCGCUACCGCUGAAAAGUGGUAGCUGUUUGGAUGCUCUAAAAGGCAGCUCCGCGGUUCCCGAGCUGAAAACCGGCAGUUGCUUGGACGUUCUCAGCAAACCGGUGGCUCCAGCUCCGCUGGGCAACGGCUCCGCCUCUGGAUUCGGCAGCGCCUUCAAGCUGACCGGUUCCAACAAGUGGGAAUGCGAUACCUGUAUGGUACGGAAUGAUCAGGACAAAACGAAAUGUAUUUCCUGCGAAACUCCCAAGCCUGGUUCAAAGCCGGAAGCAGCCCCCGCCAAGAGCAGUUUCUCGUUCGGAUCGGCUCCGACUCCGGCGGCACCUGCGACAGAUUCGGGCUUCAAGGCCCUGGUCGCCCAACAGUCGGCCAAAUGGGAGUGCUCCGAUUGCAUGACCCGGAACGAUUCCGAUAAACUGAAGUGCGUCUGCUGUGAGAAGGCUAAGCCUGGUGCGGCCGCAGCUUCAACGCCGGCAGCUGUUCCAGCUGCCAUCAAAUCCAUGUUCUCAAUGCCGGCCAGUAGCAGCAGCUCGGAUCAGGGAUUCAAAGCCCUUGUGGCGCAACAAUCGGCCAACAAGUGGGAAUGCAGCGCGUGUAUGACCCGAAACGAAGCAUCUCGCUCAAAGUGCGCCUGUUGCGAGCAGGCAAAACCUGGGUCCACCCCGGAAGAUGCACCUACCUUCUCCUUCGGAUGUACACCAGCAUCAUCCUCUUCCGGUGCCAAAUUCAGCUUCGGAGUCCCACCAAGCUCCGAUGCCGCCCCCAAGACAGGAUUUUCCUUUGGCGUCCCACCAGCUAACUCGACCGCAAGUGCUCCGGCACCAGCGAGUACCGGAUUUACUUUCGGUUCCGUGACGUCUACAACGAACACGACCAGCUCGGAGGAAAAACCCAAGUUCAGCUUUGGCAGUGGGACAAGCGUGGCCAAGACAGCCACUCCCGCCAGUGGAAGCGGUUUCAGCUUCGGCAUCAAACCGGCCGCUACCUCCGACACCACAGAUAGUCCCAAACCAACGGAGAAGGCGGAACCACCCAAACCGGCGCCUACCGGAGGAUUCAGCUUCGGAUCCAAACCAGCUCCAUUGGUUGCUUCCAAAACGUCCGAAGCUGUUACUUCAACGACCACCACCAGUGGAUUCAGCUUUGGUUCACCUUCCAGCGUCAAACCGGCGGAAGUACCUAAAACCGUUGGUUUUUCGUUUGGAAAGCCGGCGGAAACUACCAUUGCCGUAUCCGCGACAGCAUCCCCAAUUGCGAAACCCACCACCAGCAGUAGUGAUACUCCGACGGAACAGCCGAAGAAACCUACCGUCAGUUUCGGUUCGUUGGCUGCCGGCGCCACAACGACGGCCAGUUCCAGCACAUUUGGAGCAUCCUCGGCGGCAAGCCCGGCGUCGUCCUUCAGCUUCGGGUCGGCAGCAACGAAGAGCACGGAAAGCAAACCAACACCAAUCGUCGGAAGCGGAAUGUUCGGCUUCGGAUCGCCAAAAUCGGCGGCUUCCAGUAGUACAUCAACGGUGGCAUCGACUGCGGAAUCCAAGCCGACGGGCUUUUCCACAGGAGCAGCAGCCGCUGCUACUUCGUCCAAUGUUCCUAUCUUUGGAGGUGCCCAAAAACCAACUGGACCUUCCAUUACGCCAACGUUUAGUUUCGGAGCGACCGCCGGGUCUACCGCCGCGAGUACAACAGCAUCAUCCAGCCCGGCAGCGUCAACAUUUUCCUUCGGAUCAACAUCGUCGAAACCUGCCGAAACGAGUACCACUACGAGUACCGUUACCGCUUCCACCCCGGCAGCGCCUAGCUUCGUCUUUGGCCAAAGUGGCCAAUCGGCCAAUAAAGUGAUGCCGAGCUUCGGUACUGCCGCCGCAGCGGCAACAGCGGCGUCCUCUUCCGAUAAACCCACCUUCGGAACAUUUGGAGCAGCUGCAGCCGCCGCCCCAGCUACCAACACCGGCACACCGUCGACGGGUAUUUUCGGUAGUUCAACAACUACCGGCUCUUCGGGAUUCGGUUUCACGGCAGCGGCAGCUUCAGCUACGACGCCAAAACCCGCCGAAACGUCAACGUCCUCCUCAGCAUUUACCUUCGGCGCCAGCAAAAGCAACACUUCGUUAGCGUCCGGAGCUGCUCCGGUCUUUGGAUCACCAGCUGCAGCAUCCGCUAGCACUCCCAUUUUCGGGAGUCCCUCAACCAAUACGCCAACAUUUGGCAGCUUCGGAGCAGCAGCCGGCAGCAGUGGCGCUUCCGCGCCUGCAUUUGGCUCCAGCACCUUUGGAGCAGCGUCGUCGCCGGCCCGUACCGGAAGCACAACCGGAUCGAUUUUCGGUCAACAGUCGACAGCAGCCGGUGCGACGGCACCAGCUUUCGGAAGCGCCUCGAGUGCUUCGACAACGGCUCCCGUGUUUGGAGCUGCCACUCCGGCUUUCGGGGCGAGUAGUCCGUUCGGUGCAUCCAGCGCAGCUUCCGCUCCAACGGGAGACGAACCCCAAGCGAAAAAGUUGUUCGAGUUCGGCUCGGGAUCGGCCACUGCGAACAGUGCACCUGCGGCAGCGCCUUUCCAGUUUGGAUCGAGCAGCAAUAACAAUAACAACAAUGACAACACCGCUAAGCCGUUUUCAUUCUCGGCAAAUUCCGCGCCCAGCUUUAACUUCACGGCGGGAUCCAACGUUGGACAAACGUCGGCUCCGUUCACGUUCGGCAGUAGCCAACCCGUUGCUCCGGUCGCCAGCGGCGGUAUGUUCAGCUUCGGAGCCGCGACCGGAGCCGGACCGGCGGGAGCACCAGCCCCACUUGGCAGCGGACUAGGAGGAAUGGCUGACCGCCACAAGUAUACCUGGUCAAACACAGCAGCAGGCCGCCCGGAGGAAAAUCCGCGCCACAAGACGUAUCACGCCACGGUAGGAGCAAGACGCCCUCCUCAAGCAGCAGCAGCAUCGAAGAACGCCGCUAAUCCUACUGUUACGACUACUCGCACCAAACACCCUAACCUAGUAUGGACAAAGGACGGCCAGAAUAGCAACAGCAGCAGCAGCAGUAACAAUCCGACACGUACAACGACGACAAUUAUGACCAGUACCAACAACAACAACAGCAACACCGCCGGGACGGCCGAGGCCAUGCUUCCGCCACCGCCGCCGCCGCCCGGAUCGCAAAACUAUGACAAAUCUCGGUUCCGAUACGUCUCGCCAGAGUUGAAGCGCAAAAUGACCUCCACCAGCGGAACGCGGCAAUCGGAACCGGAACGGGAACCGGACCACACCAUGUCUUGAACGGGACGGUAACAGACGCAUUGGAGACAAAGGCGCGCCGCGCGUGCUGCAAAAAUUUUGUUUCGUGUGUGCGCGAGCAUAGUGUAGGCGUUAAGUUAGAGUACUAUGAUGUUGAGAAAAUGGGGUUUUGGAGGCGCGCCGGGAACACCGCUCCCUUCCUCGGAAGGCACAUGGCACAUACAUAACUGCGCAGUUUUUUGUACAGUCGAAUUUGAGGAACUUAGGCCUUUUCCCUUCUCUCCUCCUUGAAUUGAAGGAAUUAAAUUAUUUUAUAGGAUUUAUAGCGGAAUGUAUGUGUCAUCCCGGGUGUGGCGUGUGGCGGACGAUCCCCGGCGACCCGCUUUUCUACUACUGUAUAUGAAAUAUAUUCUACUGAAGGAAGAAUACUGAUCCUAUUCUCGAGGUAGAGACAAGAAAUCAUCAACUGUCGAAGCUCUUUUCCCGUCGUCGAUGAUAUAACAAAAAAACAGAAACAAACAAUGUAAUAUGUUCCACGUGUUUCAGGGGAAAAGAGGUUUGCACAGCGCGGAUCAACUGUAAUUACAUAAACAAAAAAAGUAAACUAAAUCUAGUGUAUAAGCUUCACACAAAAACAUUACACGAUAGUACGAUUGUAGGAUGCUUUAAUAAUUGAAUUGAGCGGAAGACACACGAACGAAACGGAGACGCAACACGGACGGAAACGGAGUUUAACUACCUAUAUAAAAGGGGAAAAAGAUCGAUGAAGGAUCGGAACGCUAGAUGUAUAAAUUAAGCGGUACUCUGCGACUACUUCGCACUAAAAAAUUGCCACGUGAAAAUAUCAUAUUAGUAGCAUAUUUUUUUUUUCAUUUCUUUUGUUUACCUUUGCCCACUUGUUUACGAUGAUUAUGGAAAGUCGAAUAAAAUUUUUCCGUUUGAUGUCAUA